AUGAGCACCGAACCGACUCAGCAGAAAGGCCGGGUGCUCGAGCCACCAUUCCUAGUGUUCCAGAACAAUGCGGCGACAAAGCCUCCCAAGGGCACCUGGAAACUGCGCGGCAAACACUUCUACAAGGCGGCCUCACUAAUGCACUGGAUGCUGCUAAAUCUGAGCCGCUUCGCUCAGAGAGACAGGGAGAUGGAGGAUUGGAGGGCAACAUCUCGCGUGGAGAUCAUCGGGGACCUGAAGGACAUGAUGAAGGAUCUGCUCAAGCCCUUCUGCCAGGCCACCAAGCACAAGCAUGAGCGCAUCAUCUUCUACCAGGGUGGUGUGAGCGAGGGUCAGUUCAUGGAAGUUCGCAGAGAAGGAGCAUGCCAUGCGGCUCGCCUGCCAGCAGCUGUCUCCCAACGGGACGUAAAAGCCGGCCUUUACUUUCAUCGUCGUCCAGAAGCGACACCACACCCGGUCAUGCCGGGCACUGACCACGAUGGCGUCGGCAAGUGUUGGAACGUCCCGCCCGGCAGCACCGUUGACUCCGUGGUCACUCACCCGCUGGACUUCGAUUUCUUCCUGUGCAGCCACUUCGGCAUACAGAAGCUCAGUUAUUACCUCUGCCUCACGUAUGCCCGGUGCGCGUGCAGCGUCAGUAUUUCCACUCUGGCGUACUGCGCCCACCUGGCAGUGUACCGCGCCAAGAACCACAUAAUAAACAAGGUUGACGUCUCGAGUUCGAGCAGUGACUUGUACGGUGGCUCCACCAAUGCGGUCACCAACAGCCAGUACGUGCAGGCUGUCAAGGUGGUCGACUAUCUGCAGAUGGUCAUGUACUUCGUCUGA